AUGGGGCUGUGCUACAGCUUGCGCUCCCGCCUGGCCGCCGCGCACCCCUCCGCGCCCUACGGUAGCCGUGGCGGCGAGGCUGACAUCCCCGCCUGCGCGACGGUAGGGGAACACGGGGACCCGCAGGUGCGGCACCGGCUGCGGCAGGACCUGGUGGCCAAAGAGCGGGCGGACAAGAAGCGGAGCAAGAGCAUUGACAAGACGCUGAAGGCGGAGAAGCGGGAGUAUAAGCAAACGCACCGACUGCUGCUGCUGGGUGCUGGUGAAUCCGGUAAAAGCACAAUAGUCAAACAGAUGAGGAUCUUGCAUGUGAAUGGAUUUAAUGCUGAGGAGAAGAAAAUGAAAAUUCAGGAUAUUAAAAACAACAUUAAAGAAGCUAUAGAGACAAUAGUGACAGCAAUGGGCAAUUUGGCACCUCCAGUUGAACUGGCCAAUCCAGAGAACCAGUUUCGAAUCGACUACAUCUUAAAUUUAGCUAACCAGAUAGACUUUGAUUUCCCACCGGAGUUCUAUGAACAUACGAAAACACUUUGGCAAGACGAAGGUGUGAAAGCCUGCUAUGAGAGAUCUAAUGAAUAUCAACUGAUUGAUUGUGCACAGUAUUUUCUAGACAAGAUUGACAUCGUCAAACAAAACGAGUAUACACCAUCUGACCAGGAUCUUCUCAGAUGCAGAGUUUUGACAUCAGGAAUUUUUGAAACCAAGUUUCAGGUGGAUAAAGUAAAUUUUCAUAUGUUUGAUGUUGGAGGACAAAGAGAUGAACGCCGAAAAUGGAUCCAGUGCUUUAAUGAUGUGACUGCUAUCAUAUUUGUGGUGGCGAGCAGUAGCUACAACAUGGUUAUACGAGAGGACAAUCAGACCAAUCGGCUUCAAGAAGCACUGAACCUCUUCAAGAGUAUCUGGAACAACAGGUGGCUACGGACCAUUUCAGUUAUUCUUUUCCUGAAUAAACAAGACUUGUUAGCAGAGAAAGUUUUAGCAGGGAAAUCUAAAAUUGAAGACUACUUUCCAGAAUUUGCUCGCUACACUACACCAGAUGAUGCAACACCAGAGCCUGGUGAGGAUCCCAGAGUUACAAGGGCCAAGUAUUUUAUUAGAGAUGAGUUUCUUAGAAUCAGCACAGCAAGUGGAGAUGGAAGGCACUAUUGCUAUCCUCACUUCACAUGUGCAGUGGAUACAGAGAACAUCCGGAGGGUUUUCAAUGACUGUCGGGACAUUAUUCAGCGCAUGCACCUUCGCCAAUAUGAGUUAUUGUGA